AUGGCGGAAACCAGAUCCAACACGAUGGAGGAACGCCAAGUCCAGGGUCAACCUCAGCACUUGCCCACAAAUCUAGACCAAUGGAGCAAGCUGCCAGCUUCGCCCACAGCGCGGCGCGGAUGGCGCCCCCCGUCUCUCUCCCCGCAGCGGCUCGGCACGUCGGCGCGUCCGACUGCUGCUCCGUCGACUGAUGGCGAGGCAGGGCCUCGGACGCCGUCCACUCCAGGAGAGGGACAGGUGGCCACCCAGUAUGCCCCUCUUUCUCCUCCGUCCUCCCCGGCGUUCUCGGGCUCCGGCUCCUGGCUGACUUUUCUCGUCCCAACCGCGUCGGUCUCUCUCUCUGUCCCCGUUUUGCUCGUUGUUGGAUUUGCACCCUUCUUCUGCAUGAUCCUGUUCAUCGUGGGACUUCACAACGUCCUGCUGGCCAUGCUCAUGAUGCACUGGCUGUGCAUGGUGCUCGUCCCGCUCCUGUAUAUUUACGUGGUGGAGCGUUCAUUCGAUUAUUAUCGACAUGUGUGGAAAAUUCAGCGUUGUCGGUUUCGACGCCAGUGGCCCUGGGCAGGCGCCUGCUGUCUCCUCGCCCUCGGCGGGCUGUACGCCGCCUUUGUGUGUGCGAAGGCUGUGGGCGGAUCCUGGUUUGCCGGCGUCCUGGAAGGCGCGCGCGUCAAUUGUCUGUCUGAAGGCCUCGCCCUUCCGUCUCCGCUUCUCCUCCUCGCAGGUAUUUACUUCUUUCUCGUCAAUCCUAUCGUCGAAGAAUGGUUUUGGCGAGUCUUUCUCUACCGUGAAUUCGGCGGCGCCGUCUUUGUCUCGGCCCCAAAUGGUGUCCUCUACAUGCGCGAGUCAGACCCUCUCCUGCUGUCCUGGUGCAUCCAGUCGCGCGACGCGGCAGACGCCUCAGCGAACGUCGGAUCCACGGCUGUGGCGAUCCCCCUGACGUCUGAUGAUCCGUCUCGCCCGGCCUCGCUCGCUCUGUCUCCUUCCCGGCUCCGCUCCGCUUUCCAGGAGCCGCAGGCUUCUGGACAGUUCCUCACCGCCGCGACCAUGGAGCGGGCGAUCGCGGCAACCGCAGUCGAACAGGGCCCAAGCGAGCCUCUGGGGCAGACGGAGAAGGACGACAGGGGGGGCGGCCGCCAGAAGCAGGCAACGACGCCAGAGAACGAAUCUCUCUCUGGCCUGCGCCCGCGGGGAGUGAGUGGUUGCAGCGAGACGGAAACGGGCCAGAAAGCGGCCUCGGGAGACACCCCCGUUUCGCCUGCUUCCGCGUGCGUUGGGACGCAGUGUGCAGACGUCGGGAGACGCAUACAUUAUUUAGGCGAAAGCUGUGGGUUCGUGCCUGCAGACGCGUCUGGGAGUGCGGGGCUCCCGCGGGCAGACUGCCUCACCGAUCACGCAGAGACGGAAGGAACCCGGCGAGGAGAGCUACGGAUUUUGCCGGAGACGAUCGACGAAGAAGAUCCGGAAACAUGUCCCUCGCCCACGGCUCCGGUCAUGACACACGUCGCACCUGGCGUCCUGCAAGUCGACGUGCGUCUCUCCGCCGCCGGCCAAGCCAUGCUUUCGUUCUUUUACGCUUCGUACCAUGCCGUCGUCUUCAGCACAACUGUCGGCUUAGUGUACGGUUUUGUCGCUCUUCCCUGUGUUGCGGCGCUCGGCCUCCUCCUCACGUUUUUCCGCAAUAGCAGUCGCUUUGGCAUUCUUUCCGGCGUCUUCACUCACGUCGGUGUCGACGCCGCGGUCGUCGCGAUUCUCGCCGAUGUCCUUCAGUUCCUCUGA